AUGGGUACGAGCCCGGACUGGUCCUUCUUCCCCGGCAAUCACUGGCUCUACUUCUCCGUGUACCUCUUCACCUUCCUCGUGGGGCUCCCCCUCAACCUGGUGGCCCUGGUGAUCUUUGUGGGCAAGCUGCGGCGCCGCGCAGUGGCCGUGGACGUGCUGCUGCUCAACCUCACGCUCUCGGACCUGCUCCUGCUGCUCUUCCUGCCGAUCCGCAUGGUGGAGGCGGCACACGGCAUGCGCUGGUCCCUGCCUUUCCUCCUCUGCCCCCUCUCCGGGUUUCUCUUCUUCACCACUAUCUACCUCACUUCCCUCUUCCUGAUGGCCGUGAGCAUCGAGCGCUUCCUGAGCGUGGCCUACCCUCUGUGGUACACGGCCCGGCCGAGGCCGGGCCAGGCCGGGCUGGUCAGCGGCGCCUGCUGGCUGCUGGCCGCGGCUCACUGCAGCGUGGUCUACGUCGUCGAACUCUGGAGAUUCCCCUCCCACAGCCAGAGUAGCAAUGGCACCUGCUACCUGAAAUUCCAGGAGGAGCAGCUGAACAUCCUCCUGCCCGUCCGGCUGGAGAUGGCCGUGGUCCUUUUUGGGGUGCCCCUGCUCAUCACCAGCUACUGCUACAGCCGCCUGGUGUGGAUCCUCAGCAGGGGGGCCAGCCAACACCGGCGGAGGCGGGUGUCGGGGCUCGUGGCAGCCACGCUGCUCAACUUCCUCGUCUGCUUUGGGCCCUACAACGUGUCCCACGUCGUGGGCUACAUCCAGGGCGAGAGCCCGGCGUGGAGGAGCUACGUGCUGCUGCUCAGCACGCUGAACUCCUGCGUCGACCCCCUGGUCUACUACUUCUCCUCGUCCGGGUUCCAAGCAGACUUCCAGGAGCUGCUGAAGCGGCUGAACAGGCUGUGGGGCCCUUGGCAGCAGGCGGGCAGUGUGGAGCUGAAGGUCCAGAAUGAAGGAGAGAGGCAGGGGCAGGACUGCCCAGCAUAG